AGAAGGAGGUAGUCCGGGCGACAGACGGUGGUUGCUGCGGCGAGGAGGAGCAUUGCGAGCGUGGCGCCCGCAGCCGCGACGGCGGGGCCAGGGUUUUGGAUUUCGGACCGAAAAACCGAAAAGUGGCCGAAAUCCGCCCAUUUCGGUUGGGCCCGGUAAAUGUUCAAUCCGGUCAAAACAAUUCGGCCUCGUUUGAAUUUCCAGCCCGGCCCAUGGUCCAGUACAGCCCAUAGAUAGAACCUUGUGCUAUAAAAGCUCAAACCAAACCCUACCGUAGCCCUAAUUUCAUUUUCUCCACUCUCCACUCCUCUGUGCGGCGGCUGCAGACAACGAAGCCGAGUGAGGCGGGGGCGCGGCGCCGUCUCUGCCCAUCUCCCUCCUCCCCGUCGCCUCGAGAGAUCACCACUCCCUGUCCCUCCCCAUAGUCCGUUCUCCCCUUCUUCCAUCCGCGACCAUGGAUGAGGAAGGCUUUCUCGACAGCAGCCGUCCGGCCGGCGACCCAGUUGGCGGUGGCAGCCAUAGAAGAUCGAGGUCAGGGGGCGACUGGGUCGACAAUGAGGGAGCCAUGGGGCGUGGCCACGUCCGGCCGAAUAUGGGGCUGGACUUGGGCAGCGGCUUUGGAGCUGCCGAUGCACAAGCUGGGCAAGAGGGUAGGCAUCGAUGCUAGAAGGAGUGAUACUGUCAACUUAGACGAUGAAGAUGAUGGUCUGAUCAGGAAUGGUUCAACAACAAGAGAGGCACCUUUUAAAGGACUUAAGACCAACGACAUACAUCAUGUGUGGAACCAUGGCCCCAAGCACGGAGGAGGAUUUCAUUGUCGGUAUUGCAACAUGAAGAAUUCUGGAGGAGGUGCAACCCGCUUCAAAGAGCAUCUUGGCAAGAUAGUAGGUGAAGUGAAGGAGUGCCCAAAUGUUCCAAGAAAUGUGCAUGAUAUAAUGAGGAAGGCCGUGCUUGAGAUGAGGAAAAAGAAGAGGGAGAAGGAAAGUCGUAAGCUUAGAUUUGAACGUGAGUUGAUGGAUGAGAUGUACCAGAGAAAUGGUGUGAUAAAUAUUGAUGAUGAUAAAGAUGAAGAAAUUCAUAUGGCACUACGGGAGUCACUAAGAGACAGGAAUGUAUCUCGUGCAGUUGAGAGGAGGCGUGGUAGUGGCAGUGGUGUUCGCGUUUCCCUUGGGAAACAGAGUAUCACAGCCUACUUUGACAAGCAAUUGUCGAGCAACAAAGUAUCAAUGCAACCCAAGAUCAGCACUGCUAUGGAUAGCAGCUCAAGGGAUGCUGUUGGCCAAGCUUGGGCGAAGUUUUUUCAUGCAAAUGACAUCGCUGGUCGAAAAGCUGACUGUCCAUAUUUUCAGGCUGCCAUGAAGAUCACUCAAAAUCUUGGUGCUGCUCCUAUUCCAACUGGAAAAGAGAUUGAUGGGGAGUAUUUAGACAAAAAUUAUGAAGAGUCUCGAGAGUGGCUGAAGCUAUUCAAGCAAGAUUGA